AGUACCUGAAGUCAGAGCUACUGCAUAAUGGCUGGGGACAGAGUGAAAGCAGGUGUCCCAAAUGGAAGCAACAGUAUGGCCCUGGCGAGCAGCUCUGAUCCGUCAGAGGACAAGAUCCAGGAGAGGGGCCAGUGGAGCAACAAGAUGGAGUUCAUACUGUCUGUGGCUGGCUCUAUCAUCGGCCUCGGGAACAUGUGGCGCUUCCCUUACCUGUGUUACAAGAACGGAGGAGGUGCAUUCCUGAUUCCAUACUUGAUAUUCCUUUUCACCUGUGGAGUUCCAGUGUUUUUUCUGGAGACGGCUCUUGGUCAGUUCACCAGUGAAGGGGGCAUCACCUGUUGGAGGAAGAUCAGCCCACUCUUUGAGGGUCUUGGUUAUGGUACGCAGGUGAUAGUCUGCCUGUUGAACUUCUACUACAUCAUUGUGUUGGCCUGGGGGAUAUUCUACUUCUACUCUUCCUUCACCUGGGAUCUGCCCUGGGCCUCCUGCAACAACACCUGGAAUACAGAGACCUGUGUGGAGUUUCAGAGACGAAAUGAAAACGUAACACAACCAGCAAAUGCCACUUCCCCUGUCAUUGAAUUCUGGGAGAGAAGGGUGUUACGGAUAUCCCCAGGACUUGAUCACAUGGGGUCCGUAAACUGGGAUUUAGCUCUCUGUCUCCUUGUUGCUUGGGUCCUGUGCUAUUUCUGCAUUUGGAAAGGAGUGAAGUCAACUGGAAAGGUGGUGUACUUCACUGCCACUUUCCCCUACAUCAUGCUGAUUGUCCUUCUAAUCCGUGGAGUCACGUUACCUGGAGCCAUGCGGGGCAUUGAAUUCUACCUCACUCCCGAUUUGGGACGUUUGGCAGAUCCACAGGUAUGGAUGGAUGCCGGCACCCAGAUCUUCUUCUCUUACGCCAUCUGCAUUGGAUGCCUGACAGCACUGGGAAGCUACAACAAAUACAACAGCAACUGCUACAGGGACUGCUUGUACUUGUGCUUCCUCAACAGCGGAACAAGCUUCAUUGCUGGCUUUGCCAUUUUCUCCAUUUUGGGGUUCAUGUCUUAUGAGCAAAAUGUUCCUAUUGCAGAAGUUGCAGAAUCUGGUCCUGGGCUUGCCUUCAUCGCGUACCCACGUGCUGUGACCAUGAUGCCGUUCUCUACACUGUGGGCAUGCUGCUUCUUCAUCAUGAUUAUCUUUCUAGGGCUGGACAGCCAGUUUGUGUGUGUGGAGAGUCUGGUGACCGCCAUCGUGGAUAUGUACCCAGCUCUGUUUCGCAAGAAGAACCGGAGGGAACUCUUCCUCUUGGGCUUGUCGUUUCUCUCCUUCUUGGUGGGGCUGAUCAUGGUUAUGGAGGGUGGGAUGUAUGUGUUCCAGCUGUUUGACUACUAUGCUGCCAGUGGGAUGUGUCUGCUCUUCAUGGCCAUCUUUGAGUCUGUGUGCAUUGCUUGGGUGUAUGGUGCCGAUCGUUUCUAUGACAAUAUUGAGGACAUGAUUGGAUACCGGCCAGGACCCUUCAUCAAGUACUGUUGGAUGUACUUCACUCCAAUUACCUGCAUUGGCACUUUUGCGUUCUCCUUGAUCAAGUACACUCCACUGAAGUACAAUAAGGAGUAUGUGUACCCGUGGUGGGGCUACAUGGUGGGCUGGUUCCUGGGUCUGGCCUCCAUGCUCUGCAUCCCGCUCUGGAUGCUCUUCAAAAUCAGCACCACUGAUGGGACUCUCAGGGAGCGUGUUCAGAAGCUGAUACGCCCAUCUGAAGACUUGCCCAGGACAAGGAAAGAACAGGAGAACAUGUUAGCCAUGUUUGCUCCAGAGGAGGGGCAGACUCAGACUGUGACUUACAAAGGUGGCUACACUCCUGUCGGUGUGGCAGACUGCUAGGAGAGGAAAACUGGACACAUGACUAUGGAUUUUACACCAACAUCCAUUGUGAUGUCUUGGAUAGGCGACCUGGGGUGCAUUUCUUGAAAGUGUAGUUGUUAGUCAGUUAGCAACUUCAGUAGUUGCCAAUGGGAAAUUGCAUUGCGAACAACAAAGUAGCUAAUGUAGUUAGCAACUAUGGUUUCGAGAAAUGCACCCCAGAUGACCUAAGGGAAAUGAGACCUGAAGGGCUUGUAUUUUUUAAUGUUAUCCAUUUCAGUGUUUCUGUACAUUUACAUUAAAGUAUUCUUUAUCUCCAGUUAUUAAAAUGUCUGGCAAAUAGGCUACUUAGGAUAUAGUGUAUAUGAGACUAAUAUGUUGUGUUAGUCAUGUGAUUGUGAUUAUAGAUGCAGUGCAAUUUGUCACAUUAAAAAAAAAAACCACUGAUCAGAUCUGUGCACCAUUUGUCUGUCAACCUGAAAGAUUGUGAUAAUGGAUUAAUAUUUUGUAUUUUAUUUUUGUGUUCAUUAAAAGAUUGACAAUGAGA